AUAUAUAUAUUAACGCAAAUAAAUUACACAAUUUGAGAUCUCUCGAUCUGUGAAAAAUGGGCGACGGAAGUUCUGGCCCAACCAUGGAUCUGAUGCGUUCGGAGCCGAUGCAAUUAGUGCAACUUAUCAUUCCUAUUGAAUCAGCGUAUCGCACAAUUUCUUAUCUCGGGGACCUUGGCCUCUUCCAAUUCAAUGAUCUUAACGCGGAAAAGAGCCCGUUCCAGCGGACGUAUGCUGCUCAGAUUAAAAGAUGUGCAGAAAUGGCUCGCAAGCUACGUUUCUUCAAGGAGCAAAUGAGGAAGGCUGGGCUGUCACCGUCGACGAAGUCUUUAAGAAGUGGCGAUAUUGAUCUGGAUCAUUUGGAGGUAACGCUUGGAGAAUUGGAAUCAGAGCUGAUAGAGAUAAAUUUGAACAAUGAAAUGCUACAACACACUUAUAAUGAACUAUCAGAAUAUAAGCUCGUCUUGCAGAAGGCUGGUGAACUUUUCCACUCAGCUCAAAGCAUUGUUGCAGCUCAGCAGGGUGAACUUGAAUUAUAUAACACUACUGAACAAUCCGUUGAGAGAUCAUUAUUGUUGGAGCAGGAAAUGACAAUGGAUCCAUCAAAGCAAGUAAAGCUGGGUUAUAUCAGUGGUCUUGUUGCAAGAGAAAAAUCAAUGGCUUUUGAAAGGAUUUUGUUUCGAGCAACUAGGGGCAAUGUCUUUUUGAAGCAAACUGUGCUUGAAAAUGCUGUUGUUGAUCCUGUGUCGGGGGAUGAGGUUGAGAAAAAUGUAUUUGUUGUCUUCUAUUCUGGUGAAAGAGCAAAGAACAAGAUUCUUAAACUCUGUGAAGGUUUUGGAGCAAACCGCUACCCUUUUACGGAGGACCUAAACAAACAGUUUCAGAUUAUUUCACAGGUGUCUGGAAGACUUGCAGAGCUUAAAACCACCAUAGAUGCUGGAUUGGCGCACCGGAGCAAUUUGUUACAAACCAUCGGCUUUGAAUUUGAGCAGUGGAAUUUUCUGGUGAAGAAGGAAAAAUCAAUUUACCACAUUUUAAACAUGCUCAACAUGGAUGUGACAAAGAAGUGUCUUGUUGCUGAAGGUUGGUGUCCUGUUUUUGCAAAAGAUCAGAUACAAAAUGGAUUAAGGCGAGCGACUUUAGACAGCAACUCACAAAUUGGAGCCAUAUUCCAUGUUUUGCAGACAAAGGAAUCACCACCUACCUUUUUCCAAACAAACAAAUUUACUUCUGCUUUUCAAGAAAUUGUAGAUGCGUAUGGGGUUGCCAAGUACCAGGAAGCAAAUCCUAGUGUGUACACAAUUGUCACAUUCCCUUUCCUUUUUGCUGUAAUGUUUGGUGAUUGGGGCCAUGGUAUUUGCUUGCUGUUGGCAACAUUAUAUCUUAUUAUCAGGGAAAAGAAACUUUCCAGUCAGAAGCUUGGAGACAUUAUGGAAAUGGCUUUCAGUGGUCGUUAUGUGAUAAUGAUGAUGGGAAUUUUUUCAAUCUACACGGGGUUGAUAUACAAUGAAUUCUUUUCGGUUCCAUUUGAACUGUUUGGGCGCUCUGCGUAUGGCUGUCGUGACCAGUCUUGCAGGGAUGCUUAUACUGCUGGUCUAGUUAAGUUCCAUGCUACGUAUCCAUUUGGUUUGGAUCCCAAAUGGCAUGGUAGCCGGAGCGAGUUACCUUUUCUUAACUCAAUGAAGAUGAAGAUGUCAAUUUUAUUUGGAGUGGCCCAGAUGAAUCUUGGGAUUAUAAUGAGCUACUUCAAUGCAAAGUUCUUUGGAGAUAACAUAAACAUCUGGUACCAAUUCGUGCCCCAGAUGAUUUUCUUAAACAGCUUGUUUGGUUACCUUUCACUCCUCAUAAUUGUGAAGUGGUGCACUGGUUCACAAGCUGAUCUAUACCAUGUGAUGAUAUACAUGUUUCUAAGUCCCACUGAUGAUUUGGAUGACAAUCAGCUUUUUAUUGGCCAGAAAUUUUUUCAGAUCUUGUUGCUCCUAUCAGCCCUUGCUGCUGUCCCAUGGAUGAUGUUUCCAAAGCCUUUUCUGUUGAAGAAACGACAUGAGGAAAGGUUCCAAGGUCAGUCCUAUGCACGGCUGGACAGCAAUGACUACCCUCCUGAAAUUGAGCCGCAUUCUGUUUCCCAUAACCAUGAGGAAUUUGAGUUCAGCGAGGUGUUUGUUCACCAACUUAUACAUACCAUAGAGUUUGUUCUUGGAGCAGUGUCGAAUACAGCUUCAUAUUUACGUUUAUGGGCCCUCAGUCUGGCUCAUUCAGAACUAUCGAGUGUAUUCUAUGACAAGGUCCUUCUUCUAGCAUGGGGGUACAACAGCAUCAUUGCUCGUGGUAUUGGAUUGUGUGUAUUUAUAUUUGCAACUGUCGGUGUCCUCCUAGUGAUGGAAACCCUGAGUGCAUUCCUACAUGCCUUGAGGCUUCACUGGGUGGAGUUUCAAAACAAAUUUUACGUGGGAGAUGGAUACAAAUUCUAUCCAUUUUCAUUUGCUUCGCUUGGUCAAGAUGAUGAAUGAUAUGUUUACUGGAUAGAGCAGUCAAGGGCAUAGAUAGGUAAUUGAAUUUAUCACAUUGAAGUAUAUAUAGCAAACUUGCGAUUCUUUUGAAUAUGAUCAAAGAGUUGAAGAAAGCCAACGGAGGAAGUGAUUCCAAGUUCGGAAGAAGAACCUUUUCGUCAGGAACAACCAUUUCCACGGUGUUUGUGGUUGCUGAAACAAGCCUGGCAGGCGUGGCUGCCUAUUCCCUGAGCGUAGAUUGUUGAGGUUCAAGGGAAACUAUAGAGGAAAAACGAUAUAUGAAGCUUCUAGAAUUUUGCCAGUUAGCAAAUAAGAAGCUUAACCGAGAUUUCGGACGAUGUACAAGCUUCUAGAAUUUUGUCGGUUAGUUGAUUGUAUUCUUCACCAGUGAUUGUUAGGGUACUGCUGUGCAAUAUUGUCCAGUGAGGAUAAAGAAAGCAAACAGUGUUGACAAUUGACAGUUAACUCACUUUGUAGAUGAGGAGCUGGAACCAAACGUGAUCAGAUUUCUAUAUUUAUCGGGACAAUCAACCUCUCCUGUCGCCAAAA